AUGCCUGCUGGCACAAGUAAACUAAAGGACGUGGACAUAGUCAAAGCACAACACGAGGACGCUACAAUAGCUCGCGUUUUACAACUCUUAAAGACCAGUCAAAAACCUUCUGUAACAAAAAUACGACGAGAAACACCACAAGUUCGAAAGUAGCUACCUCUGUAAAUGGCAUCAGUUAAAUGUUAACAAAAAGAACGGCAUUCUAUACCACAAAGAACAGUCGGUACUACCCCACAAGUUUAAGCGCAUGGUUUACAGGGAACUUCACGAAGAAAUGGGACACCUAGGCGUAGAACGAGUAUUCGAUCUAGCACGUCAGCGAUUCUUCUGGCCAAACAUGCGAAAGGACAUCGAACAUUUUAUCCAUCACGUCUGCCGAUGUCUCAAGCAAAAACAAUCGAAUCGACAUACAGUUAUACCGCUACAACUAAUUGUCACAACUGUACCGUUCCAAUUAAUCUCGAUUGACUUUGUACAUUUCGAGCAGAGUUCCGGUGGUUACCAAUAUAUCUUAGUAGUUGUCGAUCAUUUUACUAAGUAUUCUCAAGCCUACCUUACGAAAAAUAAGAGCAGUGUGACGGCGGCGGAUAGAAUUUUUAAUGAUUUUAUGCAACGGUUUGGCGUCCCGAAAAAAAUCCAUCUCGACAUGAGCGGGGAGUUUGAGAACAAUCUUUUCAAGCGUUUAGAACAAUUAACCGGUGUAACGCACGAGAGGACUACACCGUAUCAUCCUCAAUGCAACGGCAUAGUUGAGCGGAUGAACCGUACUUUGUUAGGCAUGCUGCGAACAUUACCAGAGUCAUAUAAGUCAAGAUGGAAAGAUCACCUUAAUAAACUCAUCCAUACGUACAAUUGCACUGUCCACGAGUCCACGAACUAUUCACCAUUUUAUCUGUUCGGGAGAAGUCCCAGACUACCUAUUGAUUUAAUGUUUGACUUGCCAGACAAAGCGGAAA